ACAAAACUUGUUUCUUUAAUUCUAGGGAUGUAAUCCUCUUGCGGAGACUGGUCGAAGCAAACUACAAAAUCAAAGAGCUGUCCUAAACCAACAGAUCUUGAGAGCAGUAAGAAUGAGAACUGGUGCUGAAAAUCUGUUACGGGCUACCACCAACAACAAAGUACGAGAACAGGUACUACUGGAACUGAGUUUUGUAAACUCAGACCUGCAGAUCUUAAAGGAGGAGUUAGAAGGACUUAAUAUCUCAGUAGAAGUUUAUCAAAAUACGGAAGGGACUUUCAGCAUUCCCCUGGUACCUCUUGGCCUAAAGGAAACCAAAGAAGUAGACUUUACGCUCCCCCUGAAGGACUUUAUUCUGGAACAUUACAGUGAAGACAGUUCAGAGUAUGAAGACGAAAUAGCAGAUCUCGUGGAUCUGAGACAAGCCUGCCGCACUCCUAGCCGAGAUGAAGCUGGCAUUGAGAUGUUGAUGAGCUAUUUCCUUCAACUUGGUUUUAUAGAAAACAGAUUUUUCCCACCUACCAGGCACAUGGGAGUGUUAUUUACAUGGUAAGUGUGGAGUUCAUGUUUGUUUGUUUCCCCUCCCCCCAGAACACCGUUAAUCUUUUAACUGUCUUCAGUUUAAUUUAAAGCAUUUCUGUGUUUUUCCCCACUCUCAUCCCACUGUUGUCAGUGUUUGUUUUUGUUUUUAAUAUUAGUGUAAACCUGACUACAAUGUAGCCCUUCUCAUGCUGUGUUAAAUUAUGAUCUGGGUUACAGGUUUACACAAGGGAAAAAGAACAUAAUUUUAGACAACUGCACAUAUUCUCCUGGACUCUGAACUUUGUUGCCUGAAGCAGAUGGGGGUCAGACCUUCCUUCAGUUUGUUGGGUAUUUGGGCCAGGAAUGAAGAGCGACUGACUUACUUUAUUAUAGUGGAGCAUUUGCUAAAUGUUUACUGUAUUUAUGAAGAAGGAUGGACUCCUGAAUUCAGAAUUUUUUUUUUA